AGAAGGGCAUUUUGGUGGCUUCUGUUUAAAUAAUAUAUUUUAAAAAAUAUGGUGUGUGUGUGUGUGUAUCCUUAAAUAUCUUCAAAAUCAAAAUUUAAUUUGCUGUAUUUAUGCCUCAAGCACAAACCCACAAAACUCAUCAGUUUAUUCAUUUUGAGGACAAAAGGACUGAGUCUUACGGAAGCUGCUCGGUGCCUCUUUAAGGCAAAAAAUUAUGGAUCUUCUACUACAUUAUGUGGCUCAUGGAACUAGCACACUAGAGACUUCCACUUAAAUUGAUUAUUGAGUGUUAAGACGGUGAAAUGCAUUUAGAGAGACACAGCAAUAUUAUGUGCAAUAUAUUGAUUUAGAAUUCACAUUUACACACUUAGGAAUGGCAAAACUGUCAGGUGGAUGGAUUAUCUAAACUUUUUGUGUGCCUCAUUGAAAAAAAUGGAGCUUAAAUAUUUCUGAGUAACGCCUGCACACCUUACUUUCUAUAUGGUUUAAGUAAUCAGCUGCCUUGUCAUUAGCUGCGAGCUCUUGUGAGCUCCCAGGUGGAAUUAAAUGUUAAUAACUGCCCAGGGAACAAUCAAACUUAAGUGAUUAGGACACCUCCCUCAAGCAGCCAAGGAAAAACUCCCCCCCAAAAAAGAAAAAAUUACGGGUGAAAGUUGCGUGGUCUACAUCAAUCAUUACGGUAGACUCCGAUGGCAGGCGGCCGUCACUGCCACCCAGCGGCUGAGCUCAGUGACGGCUCUUUUUUUGACUGGAGCGAUCAAAGGUAGUGGACACCUGAGUCCGGCACACCGUGGUCAUGUUGAAGUGGCUGAAUGAUGGUGAAGUGCUGGUGGCUCAAGGCAGCGGUGAGGCGGUACCAGCGAGCCCCAGACCGCGGGGCUUAUCAGCUGGGAGCCCCAUGCCGGGCCGGGGACGUAGUCCACAGUCUUCACCCAGCUCCAGAGAAUCUGUGCCAGGAAGCCCGCACUCAGAGACCAUGGGCAAGGCGAAGGAGCUGUUUGUACUGUGUGACAAAGAGGGGAAAGGGUUCAUCACAAAGCGGGAUAUGCAGAGGUUACAAGGGGAGUUGCCGCUGUCCCCUGAACAGCUGGAGACGGUGUUUGAGAGUCUAGACAGGGAGAGCAAUGGAUUCCUCACUGCUGCUGAGUUCAACACAGGACUCGGUGAGUUGAUGGAGCUGGACGACACGACUGAGCUGAGUCAAGAAGAAGCAGAAGAGGAUAUUGACAGGUUGGACUGGCCCCAGGACCCAGCUGAAGUUAGAUUUGUAAACAUACUGAUGGAGCUGGGCGCUGACAAACUAUUCAAAGAUCAGCAGGAGUUAUGUUCACUGUGGUGUGAACUCCAGAGGGACAGACCGGAGCUGCUCAGUGUCCUGGAAGGCAUCCUGAUCCAUGCAGUGUCCUAUUUACAGGACUCCAUCAGAGAGAGAGAUAGCUUGGAACAAGCUCUACGCAGACGAGAGAGUGAACAUGAUCACGUUGUUCGGUCCAUAUAUGAAGAAAUGGAAAGCCAAAUCCGAGAGGAGAGAGAGAAACACCUGGCUCAGGACAGUAUUAGACAGAAGGAGAGAGGAAAGCAACUUGAGGAGGAGCUGAAGAUUCGGGAGCAGGAGUUGGAGAACACAUUGACAAAACAGAAGGAGCUGGAGACCAAAAUCCAACAGUUGCACUAUGAACAGUCAAACAUAAAGAGCCAGAACCAGCAGCUGCAGAGCCUCAACAUCCAGUUACAGGAGCAGGUGGAGAGCAGCAGAGAGCAGCUGCAGGCCGCCCUCGGUCAGCUCAGCGUGCUGGAGCUCGACGCUGCCCAAGAACAAGUGGCCAGACAGAGAAAUGUGGUGAAGGUGUCAAGAAACAUGCAGAAAGAGAAGGAUAGUCUCCUGAGACAACUGGAGCUAUUGAGGGAUAUGAACAAAAGACUGCGGGAUGAGAAAGAUGCCCAACAGUCUCAGAAGAGGCCUCCACACGAAACAAAGACUUUGCUGAAGAAAGGGUCAGUCAUAGGUAACUACUUACUGCAAGACAAGCCAUUGAAAAGACAGCUGAGCUCAUCUGAUGAGUUGGAGCAGGACAAAGACAGAGAGAUGACAAAUUCGUCCAAGAAACACCAACCGUCAUGUAGAGUCAGGUUUGAAAAUGAACAGAUGCAAACUCAGAGCACCAAUGUCAGUCCUGAGCGAUUGUUCAAGGUGGUAUUCCUGGGUAACUCAGAGGUGGGUAAGACCUCCUUCAUCCAGCACUACUGUACAGGACACUUCCACAAUAAAAUGAGCGCUACUGUUGGUGUAGAUUUCCAGAUGAAGACUUUAAAUCUGGGCUCUACCACGAUCACCCUGCAGCUCUGGGACACAGCAGGACAGGAGAGGUUUCGCAGCAUCACUGAGCAGUACUACCGUAAAGCUGACGGCAUCCUCGCCAUGUAUGACAUAACUCAUUACCCUUCCUUCACCGCUGUGCGAGGAUGGAUGGACUCUGUGAAGGAGAAGAUGUGUGAAGGCACAGUACUGAUGUUGCUGGCGAACAAGCUGGACCUGGCAGACAGUCACAGCAGACAAGUGACGGCAAAGGAGGGGCAGAGACUAGCAGAGCAAUACCAAGCUUUAUUUUACGAGUGCAGCGCCAAAACUGGAUGUAACAUGGAGGUGGUGAUGAGUGAUCUGGCUGGGAUGUUAGUGUCCCAGAUUAAUCGACAAUGUGCAGAUGCAGUUGUACUGACUGCAGACCCUGCUAAAAAGGGCUGCUGUACAUGAACAGAAGAGGAAAGGACGCUCCUAUCAUGUGUGAACACCACGGCCGAUCACGGCAGCAUCAGGUUCAUCUUUGUUGAAACAUUUGGGUUAGUGGUGCCCAAGUCCUGAGGUCACAGAUCAUCGUAUCAUUUCAAGACUCAAACUUUUUUCUGCGAACAAGUUUACUGAACAGUAUCUGUAAUGUUUGUUCUUCUGUAUCUUUAU